UGUGUAUGUGUGCGUAUGUGUACCACCGAGAAAGUAAGUCUGUGUUUCCAGCUGACUGCUCGCUCUCUCUUAGUGUGUGUGUAUGUGUGUUGUCAUUAUUAUUAUCCAGUCUGCUCCCAGCUCAGAAUGGCCAGAUUCACUCAGACUGAGACAAGAAGGGAGCAGCACCCACAGCAGCCCCAUCCCGCUUACUCCAGCCUGCUUUUCACUGGACCCGGGGCAGCACCGACCCAACAUCCACUCCUCCUAAUCCCGCACCAGCACCAGUACGCUCAGAUCCCAUUUCCUAAACCCAUGAACGGGUCAGAAUCCAUCUCCAUUCAUCAGGAGAACGGCACCAUGAAAGACCAAGAUGCCAUAAAACUCUUUAUCGGGCAAAUACCGCGGAACCUUGAGGAAAAAGAUCUGAAACCAUUAUUCGAACAGUUUGGGAAAAUCCACGAAUUGACAGUAUUAAAGGACCGAUACACCGGCAUGCACAAAGGCUGCGCGUUCCUCACCUACUGCGCCCGCGAGUCGGCCAUCAAAGCCCAGAACGCCCUCCACGAACAGAAGACACUGCCGGGGAUGACUCGCCCCAUCCAGGUGAAGCCGGCUGACAGUGAGAGCCGUGGAGACAGGAAGCUGUUCGUCGGGAUGCUGAACAAACAACAGACGGAGGAGGACGUGUACCGUCUUUUCGAACCCUACGGAGUCAUUGAGGAGUGCACUGUGCUAAGAGGUCCGGACGGAAACAGCAAAGGCUGUGCCUUUGUAAAGUUCUCCACACACGCUGAAGCUCAGUCCGCAAUCAGCGCCCUGCACGGCAGUCAAACCAUGCCAACUGGCUCCGAUUCUCUCCUCCCUCAGGGCGCGUCGUCCAGCCUGGUGGUCAAGUUUGCCGACACGGACAAGGAGCGCACCAUCCGUCGCAUGCAGCAGAUGGUGGGCCAGUUUGGCAUCUUCAACCCUGCCAUCGCCCUGCCCUUCAGCACCUACAGCACCUACGCACAUGCGCUGAUGCAGCAGCAGGCGGCCCUCAUGGCUGCCAGUCACGGAGGCUACCUGGCGCCCAGCGUGGCCUUUCCCACCACCCAGAUCCACCAGAUGGGGGCGCUCAAUAUCAACAGCCUGCCGCCCACCCCCAUGACCCCGGUGUCGGGUGAGUUUCAUCAGACACUGGCAGGCCUCAGCUCACCGCCUGCCAACAUCACCACAUCAGCCGUACCCAGCAUUGUCACUCCUAUCGUCAACGGCUUCACCAGCAUCCCUCACCAGCCCAAUGGACACCCUGCAGUCGAGGCUGUGUACACUAACGGAUUGCCCCCUUACUCCACCCAAAGCCCCACGGCUGCGGACACCCUACAGCAGGCCUUCACUGGGGUGCAGCAAUAUACAGCCAUCUACCCUGCGACCACACUGACCCCUAUUGGCCAAAGCUUGCCACAGCCACCACAAGUCAUUCAACAGCAGCAGCAGAGAGAAGGUGAGGGACCAGAGGGCUGCAACCUCUUCAUCUACCAUCUACCGCAGGAAUUUGGUGACAACGAGCUCAUGCAGAUGUUCCUUCCAUUUGGUACAGUUAUCUCCUCCAAGGUCUUCAUGGAUAGAGCCACCAACCAGAGCAAAUGUUUUGGCUUCGUGAGCUUCGACAACCCAGCAAGCGCACAGGCUGCUAUCCAGGCCAUGAACGGAUUUCAGAUCGGCAUGAAGAGGUUGAAAGUGCAGUUAAAACGGCCGAAGGAUGCGAGCCGCCCGUACUGACAGGGCCCAACCCACACAGGGCUCUCAGCAACAGCACAGGAUUUGAAGAGUGAAAUCUCAAAAGGAAUUUAACUUUUUCUUUCAAAACAAACAAGAACAACAUGAAUGGAUUUUUUUGAAGACAUAUCAGCAUUUAUUUUAUGAAGAUGUUCGGUACAGAGGAGGGUUGCGGGUGAACCGGCACCAGUGGACAAACCACACUCGGCACGGCGUACGAAAGACAAGAGGAAGAUCUCUCUUAAGACAGAGAACUCAACAUGUCCUGUCUCUCGCUGAGCUUCGAACCGUCAGUCAAGCAACUAUCAAAAAGAAAAAAAAACAAGCGAGAACAACUUCGAUUUCUAUAUACAUAAUAUACACACAUAUGCUAUUUAAAGGAAGAGGCGCUUAUGGCUUUUAUUACACUGGACAAAUGAGGGUUAAACUUGAAGACCAAGGAAAAAUGCAGUGGAAAAAAAGAAGUUCUUCUUGUCCCGCUAGUGGACUUUCUUUCUCUUUCCCUCUUUCCUUUUCUCCUGUCACCGUCUUUCAGAAAACGCAGGACAUUCUGUGGUCACAGAGGUUUCCAUGCCCUCAGUGAAACUGAUAAAUCUUUCACCCCAAAGGGACCAAAGGACCAAACAUUUUUAUUCCUCAACAGAAAUAUAUGGUAUUAAUAACAAUACUAAUACUACAAACUACUACUAAUGACAUAAGUUUAAAAAAAAAAAAAAAAAAAAAAAAGCAUAAAUAUUCGCUUCAGGUCGGAAGAGGAAAGGGAUUUUGAUUUCUUUUCCUUUUACAUUUAUAGCUACUGGGUUUCAGAAUAUUUAAACAAAAUAGAAAAAAAAAAUGAAGAAAAAAAGUAUUUUAAAAGCUAUACUAUUUUAGUGGAGUAGAAUAUGUGGAUUGGAGAUUGUUAGGAGCAUGUUCAGCCAUUUUCAAUCAUGAAGAAAAAAAGAGGGAGGGAACGGUCCAUCAUCCAUCGUCUUUUUUUGCUCAGAUGUCAGAAUUCACAUUCCAGAGAGCAAAUGCUGAGUAUUACUAUAUAUGCAUGUGCGAAGUGUUGCUGGUUUAGCGAAACCUUGGGUAGUUAUUCAGUACACAUAAACAAACAUAUUUAUCCGACAAAAGCUUUACUUAUCAAGCAGAAUAAGUACCUGUGGCUUCAACGCAAACUAUUCACAAUAUAACUGCUGUACCAUUGCACAGGUAAAUAAUACGAAAAAUACAGUUAUCGCUCAACAGUGAUGGGAAAUGUUUAUUUGUUUUUGUGCGCCGAUUUAGUGUUUUUCUACUAAGGGGAAUCUAGUUUGAUUUCAUCAGGUUUACGAUCGUGCUUCAUUAAUGAUCGCCCAACUUUACCUUUACGAGAGACAAGCAGAGCUUUCAUAUCAUCCAUUUUGUUCAUCUUUCAAGAACAUACUCAUCAAACGGUUGGUGCCAAAUGCUGAAUAUCAACUGAUAAAGCACACUGGUAAGUGAACCAAGCAGUUACAAAGAUACCAAGCCUUAAACCCAAACACAGCCCACAAAAUGUCCUAGUUGAGGUUCGUAACAGACCAACCAAAAGGACAAACUUGUUAUUGCUUACAAUUUCUGAAGCACAUCAGAAUUUUACAGGGACCAUCUUGCAGCAUCAAAAUAGCAAUCGAAUUUCGCCUCGGAAACCUGCACAAUCAAUUCCACAUUGAUGUUUUCAGAGUUCAUUUCACUAAUAAAUGAGUUUAAGAUAUAGAAAACACUGGGGCAACUAGUUGAAUCUGCGAAAAAAAAAAAAAACUUAUUUCUAAGAAUAUGCUUCUCAGGCUGGUAUGGAUUAACUUGACACUAACUGUCUGCAAAGGUCUAAUGAGCAGCCUGUAAAGAUCUCAUGAACAGCUUGCAAAUAGCAGCUAUGGGGGGUUACAGUUGGAGCAAACUGAUCCAUCAAUAAAAAAGCCACAGAGUCUGACAUUAUGGUGUACUUAACCGCAGCUGUUGCUUUGCUCUCAAACAAGUCACAAAUAUACACAACUCUGAAGCACUUGACAAGAAUCUUAAAGACCCCAUGAAAUCAAAAUUGUAGUUUAGUGGUGCUUAGUUUGUGUGUUAGCUCUGAGGCUAAUGUUACCUAACAAAACUAAUUUACAGUCUUCUGGGAAAAUGGACCCAAAAUAUUGUUGACUACAAAUUUUAGUCUCAUCAGAUGCUCUAGGAUGAAGUCAAAAUUGGUGGCUGUUUGUUACACCGUGUUUACACCAGACGCAACCGUUGUCGUGUCGCAUUGCGCUGCAACAGCUAAAAGCUGUCAACACUGAUCGUGACAAACGUUGCGCCGCGCCGCAUCAGUGUAGACAAUAUCACUGAUUAUAAUGGGUUCUGUUGACUUUUUUGGUCGCGUCGCGCCACUCGCAUCUGGUGUAGACAUGGUGUUAGCUGAAUGAUUUACCAGCUAUACGGCAUUUCAAUUUUAGUCUUUCUCUUCUUGGAAAACAGACCAAAAAUAUUGAUGACUCAUCCUGCACUAUCGAUUUUUGUCCAAUCAGAUGCUCUGGAGUUAGAAUGCUCCUCCCACUGAUACUGAAACUAAAGACUUGGCUAUUUAAAACAAGUUGUCAUGCCCCGGCCUGUUUCAAAAGGAAAUGCAUCAAUUCUAUACUCGCCAAACAAUUUCAUGGGGUCUUUAACUAUUAAAUGGACAGUAUUCUUGAAACAGUUGUUUUUCUAUGCAUUUACAAGUUCUUUUUUGCUUUCUUCAUACAUUUUUCCAUUUUAUCCAGGCUGCCGUUACGCUACGUUUGCUGUUUGUCAACUCGUCAGUUCCGCACUGCCUUCAUAGAUAUGCCAAAACGAAAGAUAAUAUAGCGACAGAAGUACAGGAAGUUCAGGUCCUCACAGAAUUCACAAAUAAACAGAAAUAGAUGCAAAAACAGAGCUCUAGAAUCUAGGUAGGACAGAAAAGCACAUAUUUUGACCUCAUUUGAUUUCCACUGUGGAUAUUUGACCUGUUUGUCUUACCUAAAAAUAUAUCUGUAUGUUAAAUGUUUAAUUUCGCAGACGUCAGAAAUAAGUUUCGCUGGAAAACAUUAACGUCGCCUGUAUAUCACAGCCGUUUUUUAGCCUCAGGUCGCGCCGAAAUGGAUCGCAUUCGAUUCACAGGUUAUAAUAGCCUUUUUCUGCUGAACUCUCUCCAUUUCAUCUCCCCUCUCCUGUCCUGUGGUGGCAUAUCAGAACGUCGUGAUAUACAGACAUGCAGCCCUCGGGCAUCAGCGGUCUAAUAACCUCAAGUUGCAAGGGCCUUCCUCACAGAAUCUCUCCAUGCCAGAUGUGAAUUAUUAAAAUCAAAUUAAAUUUGGCCUGCAUGUAAAAGCAAGUGUAAUACAAAUUAAAAAUGGCAACUGGUGCCUGAAGUUUAAUAAGUUUGAAGGAUGAUAUCAUUACAGCUUGAAAGAAAAAAAAUUAGAUUGGAAAGGCAUAUAAAAUGAAACUUGAUGUGUUGAAAGGUGAACCGACGGCAUUAAUACAAAUUGCGUUUGCGCGAGAAACAAGGGGGGACGUUUUUGCACUAUUUAUUUAUUACACACAGGUAUUUCUGAAAAAAAAAAAAAACAGACCACCAGCAUUUCAUACUUGCGUUUUUCUCAUUCAAACCACAUUCAUGUUUCGUUCCUCAGAUCUUCAUGCCGAACUUUGAUCUGUGAGCAUGCUCAAGGGGGGAACGGGUGGGAAAGCUUCGGGGGUUAAAGUGUUAUAAAGGUACUACUCAUAUUAACAAUAUGAUUCUUUAACUAUGGUUUGUAUGCUAAGGAAAGUAGCUUAUUAUAGAUAUGAAAUCUGUAUAUUAGGGAACAGCAGCACAUUUCUCAGAUUCUAUGGGGGAGUAGUUGGUGGGAGGGUGGCUUUCGGGGUGGGGCGGGUUUUUUGCUUUAUAAAGAUCAUGUUAAAGUUCUGGUUUUCUCAGCACAAAGCAUAAGGAAAUAUAUAUCAAGAGUAUUGAUUUUGCUGUGUGAAAUGUGCAGUGGGAGAGCCAGGCACUCCCUGCGCUGUUCUUAAAGCCUGGAUGAGACAAUGCUGUUUACAGUUGUUUUCGGUUUUCUUGUUAAUGUUUGUUGAUUUCUUUUGCUAUUUUCCAAGAAAAGAGAACAAGAGGUGCACCAUCUAUCUUUGCGAUGUGAUUGGUGCAGCAUGAACAACUGAAAUGGACAGUGUUUCUGUUUAUUUCUUUCUUUUUCUUUCUUUUUUUUGAGACAGAGAAGAUAUGUCCAAGACAAAUGCCUGAGAAACCAAACCUCCCGUUGACAUUUCUCAAAUACUUGCUGCUUACAUUGUUUUACUGUUAUGCCUACUCAUCUAAUGAUUUGCCAAUAAUUUAUGAACCUUUAUUUAUUUAUUUAUUUAUUCCUGACAACAAUCUGUUUAUGAAUCGCCUAUUUAUUGGUUAUGUUAAGAAAAUGUAUGCAUUGAAAAGAAACACUUAAUGGGCUUCUCUCUUUCUCUCUCUUUUUUUCAAUUUUACAAUAAAAUUUUAAAUUUAAGUAUGAA